GAGAGACAGAUAGAUAGAGAGAGAGAGAGGAAGCACGCAGUUCUCAAGGCUUGUUCAUGCAGGUGACAAGGGCGUGAGGCACCGUGUUUAAACUCCGGUCCGGUCGCCUCAUCGGCAGUCAAGCGGGGCACCUCGCCUCUCCCACACGUCAGUCCAGAGACAGCUUCACCUGGAAUAACACAUACGUCGACGCUCCUCGUAAGAAAGUGUUCGUUCUUCUUCAACCAGAGUUGGGCGCGAUGCAGCAUUGGGUGGCGCUUCUGCUGGUGGCGGGAUCCUCAGUUUCGAUCCUCGCUCGACCGCAGUUCGGAAGAUUCGGAGGCUUUCAACAAGGGGGUUCCGGAGCAGGAUACGGAGGCGCUAACGUCGGUUCAUACGCUGGAGAUGACUAUGGCUUUGGCUACGGUAGCUUUGGGAACGGUGGAUAUGGAUAUGGCUACGGCGUUUCAUCAUCGAACAAACCAGGAGUUUCAGGUGGAUAUGGCUAUGGCAGAUCUAAACGGAAUCCACAGGAAGGACCGUCAACAUCGAACAAACCCGGCUCUGGCUCACAUGGCUCUACGUCAAACAAACCUGGAUUUGGCUCAGAUGUUUCGACCUCAAACAAACCAGGAUUUGGCUCAGAUGUUUCGACCUCAAACAAACCUGGAUUUGGCUCAGAUAUUUCGACCUCAAACAAACCUGGAUUUGGCUUAGACAGUUCGACAUCAAACAAACCUGGUAGUGAUUCCGAGAUUUCAACGUCAAACAAACCCGAUCCAGGUUUCAGUGGUUCCACGUCUAACAAGCCUGGCUCUGGUUCAAGCAUUUCGUCAUCCAACAAGCCCAGACGUGAUGCGGACUCCAAAUCGGGCGCUUGUGAUAUUUGCAGCGGUGGUUCGGGGGUCCAAGUCGGAGGCAGCGGAGGAGCCACAGGAGGUGCUGGUGAUGGGGCUCAUGGGGAGGAGUCGGAGGCAGCGGAGGAGCCACAGGAGGAGCUGGUGAUGGAGGUUCAUGGGGAGGACAAGUCGGAGGCAGCGGAGGAGCCACAGGAGGAGCUGGUGAUGGGGGCUCAUGGGGAGGGCAAGUCGGUGGGAGUGGGGGAGCCACAGGAGGAGCUGGUGAUGGAGGCUCAUGGGGAGGUCAGUUUGGAGGCAGCGGAGGAGCCACAGGAGGAGCUGGUGAUGGGGGCUCAUCUGGAGGACAAGUCGGGGGCAGCGGAGGAGCCACAGGAGGUGCAGGCGGCGGAAGUUCAGGAGGUUCUUGGUCAGGUAGUGGCUCCUGGGCUGGCUCAGGCUCGGGAGCAUGGGGAGGCAGCGGCUCCUGGAGCGGAUCAGCAGGAGGAUCGUGGAGCGGCAGUGGGGGAGCAGGAGGAGGAGGAGGAGUUGAGACGACUACGACGACCUCCCGCCCCACCAUUCCGUCGGUCACGCCCGUGUUGAUUUAAGCGCCUUCACUGACCAAACACCCGCGCGAGAUGCCCCUGUGGGUGCGUGGGAAGGCCGGUCCUAUGGCGUCUCUCAGUGUUGAUUUUGCUCUGUUUAUUUAUGUUUUUGUUUGCUGACCUCUGGGUAAUAAGUUAAAGUAUAUUUCGAUGUUAGUAUUUAACUUAAUGUUUCUAUGUUCUUUUAUCUGAAUCAAGGUUGGCCUGUUUUGUAUUUUUUUUCUUUGUAGAUUAUGUUUAUAUAUGCAAAUGCUCAGAUUGUGCAGUGUAAAUAUCAUUGUAAGGUUGGCCAUACCUCUUUGUUAGAUUAAAAUAUUUAAUACACUGCGCGAAAUUAGAUUUGGUGAUGGUAAGAAUUUGUUAAAUCUAUGAAUUCAAAGACAUAUUAGAAAAUAAGGAGCAGAAAUAAUAUUUUUUACGUUAAAGGAAUGUAAAUUACUGUUUACAUUAGAACCAUUCAAAGGAGUAGAGAAUUUCUUUAACUUUAAAAGAAAACCUUGUUGGAUCUUUUUAUUGGUCUAAUGUCUACAAUUCCUGUUAAAAGAUUUAUAAUUAAAAUGAUUGUUAAAUAC